AUGGCAGCCGCAACCCAGCCCUCGCCAGCGCUCACGUUCCCUCGCUCCAUCUUCGCCGCCGUCUCCCCGCACCCGUUCCUGCAGGCGCAUCUGUCCGCAGAGAAGAAGAAGCCCAUACGCGCAAAUGGCCGUGCUGCAAACGAGUUCCGCACACCAGGCAUCAACACUGGAAGUCUCACCCACUGCAAUGGCAGUGCAGUCGUGCGACUGGGCAACACAAGCGUCGUCUGCGGCGUGCGCGCAGAGAUCUUGAAAGAGGAAGACAUCCCGGGUACCUUCGAGUAUCCCGGACAGGCUGCGGGCCAGAAUACGGAGGAGGAGGAAGACAAUGGCGAAGAAGUGGAAGAGUUGAGGUUACUGGUCCCAAACGUGGAACUAUCUACAGGCAGCACACCCUCGCACAUCCCCGGCAACGCGCCUUCCACAUAUGCGCAAACGCUCAUAACUCGCAUACGCUCUCUCCUCAACUCGACACGACUUCUCCGCGCUUCAGAUCUCCGGAUACUAUACAAGCCAUCCACGAACCCCGAAAACCCAGACACAGAAGCGGAGACACAGCUGAAAGGAUACUGGGUUCUCUACCUCGACGUCUUCUUCAUCAGCAUCGAUGGCAACGCAUUCGACGCGGCGUGGAUAUCCAUACUCGCUGCACUUCGCGACACACUCCUACCGCACGCGUACUACGACGAGGAGUACGAGGGAAUUCUAUGCUCAGACGAACCCAAGGAGGCGCUUCGCCUUCAAUUACGGGGUCUGCCGAUACCUAGCACGUUUGCAGUGUUCGAAGGCAGGAGAGAGGACGAGGACGAAGAAGUAGACUUUGUGCUCAGCGAUCCUGAUGCGUUUGAGGAGGGCGUGUGUAGAGAGACUGUUAGUGUGAUGGUGGACUGUGCAGGCGGAAAGAAGGGCACGAAGGACUUGGUCAUCAGGAGGGUAGAGAAGAGCGGCGGGGGUGUUGUCGGCAAGGAGCUGAUGGCAGGAUUGAUCAAGAGGAGUAUUGAUCGGUGGGGCGCUGUUGAGAGUGUGCUGGGUGGGAAGGCUUGA